ACUCAAGACUCGACACAUCCAACUCUUAAGCUGCCCUCCGCUCCUCAACCUCCUCAUUGCGGAAGCAAUUACCCUCGACAUGCUCCAGCAACGGUCCUCGCUGCUUGCCAGCUCUCUUGCCUCGACAUUUCGCCGCUCCUUCCUCGUCCAGACUAGCUCCUCCGCUCAGCGAUGUCGGCGAGCGUACAGCAUUCACGCUGACGCUUCAGUGGGCACAAAGAUACUGGACAUUGACCCCUCGAAGCUGUCCAUUGAGAAGACUACAACUCCAAAGACCCUCCUCCCCCCAGAGGAGCUUGUGUUCGGGCGGAACUUCACAGAUCAUAUGCUCUCGAUGGAAUGGACAGCCUCAGAAGGAUGGCUGCCCGCACGCAUUACUCCCUACCAGAAUCUGAGCUUAGAUCCCGCGACGUGCGUAUUUCACUAUGCAUUCGAGGCCUUUGAGGGCAUGAAGGCAUACAGGGACAAGAACGGGCAAAUACGGCUGUUCCGCCCGGACAAGAACAUGGAGAGGUUCAACAAAUCUGCUGCGCGGAUAGCAUUGCCCACCUUUGACAGCGAUGCGCUCAUAGAUCUGAUUGGCAAGUUUGUCAAGCUUGAUCAGAGGUUCAUCCCAGAAGCCCGUGGAUACUCCCUCUACCUCCGCCCAACCAUCAUCGGCACCCAGCGCACCUUGGGAGUCGGCCCACCCGCCUCUGCGCUCCUCUACGUCAUCGCAUCCCCCGUCGGCCCAUACUACCCCACUGGCUUCAAAGCCGUGUCACUAGAAGCUACAGACUAUGCCGUGCGCGCAUGGCCAGGCGGUGUUGGAGACAAGAAGCUUGGUGCCAACUAUGCGCCCUGUAUCGUGCCCCAAAUACAAGCCGCCAGCAGAGGCUUCCACCAGAACCUCUGGCUAUUCGGAGAGGAGGAAUACGUCACGGAGGUCGGCACCAUGAACCUGUUUGCGGCUAUCAAGAACAAGGAGACUGGCCAGAAAGAAUUACUCACUGCACCUCUUGACGGGACCAUCCUGGAGGGCGUGACGCGUGACUCCGUGCUCGGACUUGCACGAGAGAGACUCGAGCCAGAGGGCUGGAAGGUGAACGAGCGCAAAUUCACCAUGCAGGAGGUUUCAGAUGCUUCGGAUGAGGGGCGCCUACUCGAGAUUUUUGGGUCUGGCACAGCGGCUGUGGUGAGCCCCGUUCGGAAGAUCAGCUGGAAGGGGCGAUUGGUGGAGUGCGGACUGGAGGACAACCAAGAGGCGGGCCCCAUUGCCCAGCAAAUGAAGGACUGGAUGGAAGAGAUUCAGUAUGGCGACGAGGGCUCUGAGGAUCAUCACUGGAGUCACAAGAUACUAUAAUCAUUGGAGAGUUAGUCCCUGGUUUGAGCGUUCUGUUCUUUUCUUGUACGAUCUAGACGGCAAACGGGUGGCAAAAUGCUUUAGCGUUGAGCUUACUAUCGUCGGUUUGGAUGGUUCACAGUUCGGCAUUCAAAACGGUGGCAACUACGUGACUUCUGAGCUAGGUAAACACCAUAGACCGUUCUUUAUUCACUAAAAAAAAUACACUGCAUUCACAUCUGUU